GCUUGAUCCCUCGGCUGUGGGGACGGGAGGACCAGCCAGUGAAGUUGGAAGAAGUUUGGCCGGCUGUGUUGGCUGUUUUCCUUGAACAAUGCUUGUCGGGGCGCUCGCUGUGUUAAUCACCUUAUUCAGCUUCAUUGAGAGCAAACAAAAAGACUUUUAUACUUUCAAAGUAGUCAACAGCAGAGGGAGAUUAGUGUCCCUUGAGAAAUACCGGGGCUCGGUGUCCUUGGUGGUGAAUGUGGCCAGCGAGUGCGGCUUCACUGAGGAACACUACACAGAUCUGCAGCAGCUCCAGCGGGACUAUGGGCCCUACCACUUCAAUGUGCUGGCCUUCCCCUGCAACCAGUUUGGCCAGCAAGAGCCGGGCAGCGACAAGGAGAUUGACAACUUUGUGCGAGGCGUCUACGGAGUCUCCUUUCCUCUGUUCAGUAAAAUUGCUGUGGUGGGAACUGGAGCCAAUAACGCCUACAAGUACCUCGCUGAGUCAUCUGGAAAGGAGCCUGACUGGAAUUUCUGGAAGUAUCUUAUCGAUGUAAAUGGAAAAGUAGUGGAUGCAUGGGGACCGAGCGUUUCCGUCAAAGAAAUCAGACCCAGAAUAGCUGAAAUGGUACGGCAAAUAAUCUUAAAGAAGAAAGUGGAGCUUUAAACCCGAUGCUUCAGUACAACGGACGAGGACCGUGCGCCUAGAAGAAUUAAAAAUUUUUGCCAUAUGUGCUCAGCGAUACUUUGUGAUUUAUCAGCACAAAAUUCAGUCUCUCUGUUUCUUUGUACAGCACAAUCAGGCUAUGUAAGAACAAAACAAAAAUCUGAAAUCACACAAUGAAACCAACGCCUGACUGCCUUGUAAAAGCACUGAUUUAAGAAUGCAUAAAACACCACUACGUAAAUGUCUAGUUUUAUCACAGGUGCUUGACGUUUGUACAGUAUUUGCAAUAUUACAAUACUGAUGAUGUUGUUUGCCACAGUGUCAGGCCAGUUGUCUGUUUGCCUCUUUGUCAGUUGUGAGGCUCAUGUGUGUUUGUUUGUUUGUUUUUUAUUCAUUCAGGUUCUUUGUGGAAUAAAUCCUGACUGUGAUGAGAA